UGCAUUUUAAUACUAAGACCUUUUAAAAUUCGAUUAGUUCCAAUUAUAAUAUAGUCUGAUUUAUUUUAAAAAUACAAUUUUGAUAUUUAUAGAAUAGAAAUAUGACCUUAUUUUAUAACCUUCUAAAAUUCGCGCUUAAAUUUAAACGUAAAACACAGCGAAGAAUUUUUGUCGCGGCGAAUAUAUUUCGAAUAUUUGGUAUUGUUUUGACAUAGCGCACUGGUCACACCAGAUUAAGGCUAUUUGCAAAACACUUGGCGGAUAAUUAAAAAUGUUUCUUAAUGACAUUGGCCAGCCCUUAAUACUAGAAACAGGAAAGAAAUAUGGCUUGUUCGAAGAGCACCGUGGACCUUUGCUCCUAUCGUCUGCCGCCUUCACAGAACACAUUGUUCCCGAAAAUUGGUCCAAAUCCGUUGUUGGAUCUGAGCAGGAUAUCAUUCGGUUUCGAUCCCAAGCUAAGUCCAGCGUCUUCAACUCAGAGAAUUCCUUCUAUAAAACCAUUAGGCCGAACAAGCCUACCCAAAUAGAGUAUGAUGGCAACCAGAUUACAAUCACGUUAAUACCAGCAGGAAAAAGCGAAAAUGGCUUGGAAACGACGUUGUACUAUAUAGAGAGUUGGUAUAUGUUUCGAUCGUAUAUUUUCGUUGUAAACCAAUCAAAUCCAUUUAUAGAUGGCCACGUAAGAUAUCUGAUUGUGGAUCGCCUAUCCGGCUUCCUGGACUUUUUGCCCAAGGCCCAUAGUUCAUUUCAUCAUGGCCUUAGUGAAGGAAUUGAUGUAGCCUACAUAGACGAAGAUAUCCUGGGUGAGAUAGAUCUAAAUGAGGAUCUAUAUAGUUUCAUGGACCUCAUAAAACCAAAGUUCAUUUACGGAUUGAGGCUUAGGGAGUUGCCCAAGUGGCUGCUCAAGCUGCGUCGGAUGGUCGAUUUAUACUCAAUAAACAAAAACUCAAUAAAUUUACAGUAG